GCCUUGUUCUGCAGCAGUGUCAGUGGACUGAUGAAGACACCUACUGUAUGAGCGAAGAGUGAAUGUGGCUGAAGAAACUUCUGCUGCCUUUAACUUCCUAAAAGAGAAGAAGAGGAGGAGGUUACGCCCGAACCAGAGGAACAGUCCGACGACAGCAGUGAGGACGAGGCUGCCGGAGACUCAGACAUGGACUUCCUGCGUAACCUCUUCUCCAGCACGCUGGGCCUCGGUUCAGCAGAGAAAGUCCUGGAUGAGCUGACUCUGGAUGGAGUGGCGCGAUACAUAAACAGUGGCAAAUGUAAAAACAUCAUCUGUAUGGUUGGAGCAGGAAUAUCCACAUCUGCUGGAAUCCCAGAUUUUCGCUCACCAGGAACCGGCCUGUAUGCAAACCUGCAAAAAUACAACUUGCCUUACCCAGAGGCUAUUUUCCAGAUAGAUUACUUUAAGAAACAUCCAGAGCCAUUCUUUGCCUUGGCACGGGAGCUUUACCCAGGACAGUUUAAGCCAACAAUCUGUCACUAUUUCAUGAAGAUGUUGAAAGACAAGGGGGUCCUGAGACGCUGCUACACACAGAAUAUCGACACGCUGGAGCGAGUAGCCGGGCUUGAAGGAGAGGACCUAAUCGAAGCUCAUGGGACAUUCUACACGUCACACUGUGUCAGCUUCUGCUGCCGAAAGGAGUACAGCCUGGACUGGAUGAAAGAGAAAAUCUUUUCUGAUGACAUUCCCAAAUGUGACAAGUGCAGCAGUUUGGUUAAACCAGAUAUUGUCUUCUUUGGAGAAAACCUACCUGCCCGAUUCUUCACUUCGAUGAAGAUGGAUUUUCCUCGUUGUGAUCUUCUCAUCGUUAUGGGGACGUCCCUGCAGGUCCAACCGUUUGCGAGCCUGGUCAGCAGGGUUUCAAAAAGUUGCCCCAGACUGCUCAUUAACAUGGAAAAAGCAGGGCAGGUUAAUCCGAUGAUGGGUUUGUUUGGUUUUGGAGAAGGGAUGGACUUUGAGUCAGACAAGGCUUACAGAGAUGUAGCUCAUAUCAGUACAUGCGAUGAUGGUUGUUUGGCUCUUGCUGAACUUUUGGGAUGGAAGGCAGAGCUGGAAGAGUUGGUGAAGAAGGAGCAUGCCAGGAUCGACAGUCAGGACACUAAAGAGAAGUCCAGUGAAAGCAAAGGAGCUGCAGCCAAGGCGAGCUCUGCAUCAGUGCCACCAGAGCCCAAAGCUGAGGAGUAACUCCUUAAAAAGCUCCCUGAUUAAAGGAAGCUGCUGUAUUGAUGUCACAGAUUGGAGUUGGCCCAUAAAGUGAUAUUAUGAUACAAGGGUUUUGGCUUGGUUGUGGUGGAUGUCUGUCACACUGUUCUUUUUCAUCUGUGGACAGUUAAUUCUUCUGAGCAAAACUCACAGGACAGCUGACACCCCAGCAUUUUACACAUGUGUUUUACACAUGUGUUUAUCAGUCAUUUGCACGUUGCUUUUUUUUUUUUCUUUUUUAACCUAGCGGCAGCACAUGAUUUGUGCAUGUGCAUUGCAGUUAAUAUCUCCAAAACUGGCACCAUUUGAUCAUGACUUUGUUACACUGCAAAAAUGCUGUAAUGAAUCUGCAAACCAGCUGUUGAACAUGUGAUUUUUAUCGAUCUUUUCUCUAAAGAUAAGCAGACUAUUUUAGGUGCCAUGUUUUUGCCUAAGCAAAACCUGUUUUGCCGAUAAGUUUCCUGCUAACAAUAUUUAACUUCCUGCUGGGUGACCGAAGUUGGGCAUGUGACUCUUUAAAAAUGUAUCAAUUUAUAAUUAACCGUGUUUUUUUUUUUUUGUCACGUCUUUUUAACGAUGAUAGCUUACAAGCAAAUAAUGGAAAAGAAAGUCAAGAUCUUGAUUUAGGGGCAUGGGAAGAUCCAGUUUAAUUAUAAACUGUGCGAUCGAUGUAAGAUCAUGAAUUGUUUUGUGAGUUUAAAAAUACAGGGGUGGAUGCAAUAACAUUAACAUCUGUACAAUAUUAUGGGAACCAGUGCAACCCACUGCAAUAAAUUUUACCUUUGCAAAGCUGA